AUGUCCCGCCCCACCGCGCCCGCCUCCACCGAAACAGAGGAAUUCCCCGCCAUCCAACCUGGCGGCUCCCUCCUCCUCGCCUGGCAAGUGCGCAACCGCCGCGUGCUCGUCGUCGGCGGCGGCAACGUCGCCGCCGGCCGCAUCCUCGCCCUCCUCAACGCCGACGCCCUCGUCACCGUAGUCACGCCCACCGCCGGCCUCGUCCCCGAGGUCGCCCACCGCAUCGCCUGUAACCUCGUUACCCACGUCGACCGCAACUUCCUCCCCACCGACCUCGACGACCCGGCCAUCGCCAUGGUGCUCACCGCCGUCGACGACCCCGUCGCCUCGUCCGAGAUCUACACGCUGUGCAAGCAGCGCCGCAUCCCCGUCAACGUGGCCGACGUCCCGCCCGAGUGCGACUUCUACUUUGGCAGCAUACACCGCGACGGUCCGCUGCAGAUCAUGGUGUCGACGAAUGGGAAUGGGCCGAAGAUUGCGAAUAUUGUGAGGAGGCAGAUUGCGGAGAUGUUGCCAACGAAUGUGGGGGAUGCGAUUGUGAGGGUGGGGGAGCUGAGGAAGAGGCUGAGGAAGGUGGCGCCCGAGCCUGCGCAGGGCCCGAAGAGGAUGGAGUGGAUGUCGAGGGUGUGUGAGUCGUGGAGCUUGGAGGAGCUGUGUGAUAUGGAUGAGGCGGAUAUGGAUGGCCUGUUGGGCUUCUUUGAGGAGGGGAGGGUGCUGGGGUAUAAGGAGUUGAGGGGCCUCCAAGAGGGUGAGGUGAAGGCGAAGGCGGUCGAGGCAUAG